AUGGUAGCCUUGAUGUUAGUGGAUAUUUUAUUUAAUUGUAUAGAUUCUACCUGUAAAGAUGAGCUAAUUAAUUGUGUUGAUUACGGUAAAGAUGCUUGCACCAAAUAUGCACAAUGGGCUGCCGAUAAGUGUGCCAAAUAUUGUGACCUUUGUCCAGGGAAAACAACGUCAAUGUUAGCUCCAACAACAACGGCUCCAAAAGUUACAGGUUGUGUUGAUAAACUACCUAACUGUGGUUUAUAUGAUCCCAAUAUCUGUACAGAUCAUAAAUAUGCUCAAUGGUCCCGUGUGAAUUGUCCUGAACAUUGUAACAUGUGUACACCAGGAUGUUACUUUAAUGGUAAUGUUUAUAAGCAGUCGGAGGUUUUCAAAGAUGCCUGUAAAUUGAAAUGCACGUGCAAAAAUGCAGCUUUAGGUCAAUUUGCAUGCACCUCAAUGUGCUAUUCUUGGAAUUUACCUGAUAUUUGUACUAUGGAACCACCCAAGCCAGGAAAAUGUUGUUCCACACCAAAAUGUCCCGAUAAUGUCCAUAUCAAAUAUCCUGAUGGCUAUACUGAAGAUUAA